AUGGCCGUGGACUCGCCCCAACUGAUUCAGACCUUGAUUGAAUCCUUCAACGCCCUCGCCGACGAGGUGCAGAACCUCGUUGACAGGAAGACUAUUUUGGAGCACAAGCUUCGCUAUGCCCAUGAGCAGGUCGGUGAUUACAACCUUUUACCACUUUACCAGCUUCUCGCCGACAAAUACGCUCCGGCCGCUCCUCACAUUGCCGAAACUCUGGCCAAGCUUCAAGUGCCUCCAACCCCGACACUGACAACCUCAGGCCACGUCCCCCUCCCCAAGCGUCAACAGUCCGACAGCUCCCAGGCCGAGCUGGCCCUGUUCAUCCGCGAAGGCAAAAAGGUGGCCCGGCAGCUGGCAAUGGUGACGGAUGCGAGCAAGGAAAGCGGGUCCAGUCGCGAGACCUUCUCCACCAACAUGACCUCCCAGUCAACCUUCCUGGAGAGAGACUUCACGGUCGAGGGCAAGAAGGGUCAUCUGGGCUGUCCAUUCUCGGCAAUGAACAAGGACGCCGUCGAGCGAGUUGAGGUAGAUGAUGUUGAUGAUCAUGAUGAUCAUGAUGCGAAUUACAAUGAGAAUACCGACCCUACACCACACCAUUCCAAAGACCCGAUAUGUGCGGCAAUGUUCGAGGAGAGCAUGUCGGCCCCGGCGCCUAAUGCCUCGGCUUCGAAGUGUCCCAUCAGAUAUCUCGAUCAGCACUCCCCCGAAGAGAUCGCCCGUUAUGUCGAGACCCACAAGCAUGAGUUGCCGCGGAGCCACGAGGUUUGUCUCAAGAGAAACCAGAAGAACGAGGAGCAGAUAAGGAAGCUCGACGCCAAGUACGGCAACCUCGUCUCCAUGAUUACAGACCUCAGUCACCUCCACGCUCCCAUGCUGCCCGAGUCCCAGGUUGAGGCCCAAGCUGAAGCCGAGGCCGACCGGUCUUCGAACCGCCGAGUCAGUGAUUGGGCCCAGAACGUGAGCUCUAGUACCGCGGACGGCCUGGUCGAGGAAACUGUCAAGGAUGGCGAGGUGCCUACAGCCGAAGACUAUCUCGACCGGACCGGUCAUUUCGAACGACCUCUGAAGGAGAUCCGAGUCGGCGAGUCGCCCAGCAGGCCAUGGGGCAUCUCGGUCCCUUUCCCACCGGAUGAACCAGUGGAGCGCCCUACCUCCCCUCCUGCGCCUGUUCGUAUGCCUUCGCUGAGCCCGGCCCCAGCGCCCAAGGCGCCUGAGGCUCGACCCUCCAAGUGUCCGUUUGACCACACCAAGGUGAAGAAAUUAGACGGACCUGGCCUGGCCGAGUUUCCGAAAAUGGAGGAGAUCCAAAGCCCUCCACGACCUACCGCUCAUAAGCCGGCUGCGAGUCAGCCUUUCACAACGCCUCUGAAGCAUGCACAGCCUUCAGUGCCAGAUAGUCCUCCUCCGUCUAAUCAGCCUGCCUUUAUCAACACGACGGAGAUCGCAAAGACAUCUGCGGUUGGUGCCUCAGCCCCUCAGAUGGUCUUCAACGGCCCGGUAUUUAUCGGCUACCCCAUGGAGCAAGCGAUUCAGUUCAUGCAGCAUUUCCAGCGGCAGUCAUGA